AUGCUUAGUCAGGAAAGGUCACUCAGGACCAACUUCAUGUACUGUGUUCUCCCCCCUUUUCCAACGUGGUGGCUGUUGGUGGCAUUUAAUACUAUGCCGACCACACUGCGCCAGUGCCGCCUCGUGAGGUGCCCGCACGCCAUCAAACUUGGCGCCCCGUACGCAAGCGAAACCAAGCCAAGUCGGCGGGGGCAGCGAGUGGGGAGGCUGUACGCCCCCCUGUUCUCGUCACAGUGCGGCUUGGCUACGAUGGCGCAUCCUCAUCUACAACAGCGUGGUGGGACAGCGACCACAGAGUUAUCACGAACACUUUGUGGACAUACAUUUUCUGCGGAGCAUCAUCGUCUUCUGUGCGCGGUGGCUCGAGCGAGGGGUUGGACUGGUCGUGUCUGGGUACCCGUCUCCGUCAUGGAGAUUCUGUCAUUCUCACUGGCCCCCAACACAUGUGUGCCGGUGCGACUGGUGAGCUCCAACCAGAGCGUAUGGGUGUACCACAGCUCCCAGUUUAUUGCACCUUUGAGUGUUCUGCGAGAGCGGUGGAGAGCUCAUGUUCACCACCUUGAAAGCGCGGAGAAGGAUCGUGAGGCUACGUUGCUGGCAUCGCAGGUGACACUGGACGCACUACCGCUGAGCACCAAUGGCGAGCGAUUUGACAGUGCUACGGAGGAAUGUAUGCUGCGCAGGGCAGGCGGCUGCGUAAAGGCAAGACGGUACUGGGCAACAGCAGCUGAGGCAAAGUGGCUGUAUCGUACGCCGUUCACCGACGCCUACCUCGCGGAUCCGGAAAACUGCGUCGUUUCUCAUGCAAACGAGCUUUGCCGUCCUUUGGCGCUCUACAACGUGGAGGGGACUGUCGACCCGAACCGCUUCACCGCAUUCACCUGCCGCCGUUACGACCCGGUGAAUCACAGAGGCCAUUUCUACAGACCCGCGGUGGCAGUGUACAUGAAGGCGUUUGCCCUUCAGUAUGACUGUCUUCACGAGCCCCAGUGGAUCACUCUGAGCCGUGCCGCGAAGCUCGGGCUCUCCCUACUGCCGCAUAUCGCGCCUCUUUCCUUUUUUCGUGGGACGCCAGUUCUUCUCAUCAGCAUUGGUGCUACCCAGAGGAGGAGCACACCGACGUCAGGGGUACCACCCGCGAUAGCCGCGGAUGCCGCUGUCGCAUCCAAGGACGUCCUCAGCGACUCGGAGUGUUGCCGCGAGGAAUCCCUGCUGGUGCCGCCCCUUUCAUGA